AUGGUAUCAAGUUCCGUUUACUUUUUUCAUGAGUUCAGAGGAACUGUUAGCCAAUCAAGGAACACACAUUUUAGUGCUUAUUUAUUAUUUAUUAUGAUUGUUGUUAUUAUUUACUGGUUACCAUUCAUAUUUUUACUUAUUUAUUAUUAUUAUUUACUAUUUUAUGGUACAUUUUCAGUUCUUUCAAAACGCUAUCAGCACCCGUACUGUCGCUUAUUCAUCAGAGAUAUGGAAAGAAGUGGACUUCGAAAAAAGCAAACAGAGAUUCGACAGAUUUUCAUGCAUGUCCUAAUCAGAGAUGGGUUCUUCGCCGAUCAGUGGUUAUUCUCACAUGAGGCUGAGUAUCCCUCUGAACUUUGCAAAGACGCGAUCGAGUUUCUCUGUAGCGCUUCAAAAAUGGACUGUAGCGGAUCGAAGAUAUUUAAUGAUGACAUUCAUAAUGUGUGUCCAGCGCUGAAGUAUUUCGAGAGUCAAAACGAUGUGCUUUGGUCUUGGAGACAAGUCAUGAGGUUUUUAGUCUUGCUUUCGACUACUAGGUGGGAAAACUUGUUACAGUGUUCUGACCACUUCAAAGAUGACGUUUUUGCAAAGGUUUGGAAUAUUUCUUUGACUAUAUUCUUUAGAGCCUUACGCUGUUUUCAGUAG